AUUUUAACCAAGAUAAUAUGAUUAAAACAUAUACUUGUGCCAUAGCUAUCCUGUGUAUCUUUGCCAUUACAAAGGCAGAUCCUUUCAACUAUGAAGCAUUGAAUUAUGCUUCUUUUGAAGCACAUAACAAGGCAAGGACUAACCCUAAGGCUUUUGCACAGAUGGCUCAGAAUGAACUUGAAAAUAAGUUUGUUUACAAUAGGAAUGGACAGCCAACAAAUUCAAUUUGUUUGGCUCAAGAUUUUAUUCCAAAGUCAAGUGUAUGUUAUUUUACUUUGACUACACAAGAAGGACCGAAAGCAUGGAAAGAAGCUGUAAGAGCACUUAACUCAGCACCAUCAGGACUAAAGCCUCUUAAAUGGUCUGAAGGAUUGGCUCAAGCUUGAUACGAUCAUAUUAAAGAUUCAGGACCAUCUGGACAGACUGGGCACUAUGGAAGUGAUGGAUCUUCCCCAUCUAUGAGAAUUGAUAGAUAUGUCAAUACUAUGAUGUCCGGAGAAAAUCUUGCCUAUAGUGAUGCUGAAACAGGAACAGAUAUGAUACUUCAACUUCUUGUAGACGAUGGAGUUCCUGACAGGGGUCAUAGAAAGAAUAUUCUUAACAGUGACUUUACUCACGUAGGAGUCAGUUGCGGAUGUCAUACUCAAUAUACUGAGAUGUGUUGCUAUGCUUACGCUACUAAUCCAGAGGAAAAGAAUCCAAACAGAAAAGCAGAUGUUGCUCCUCAACUUAAAAGAUGUGAACCUUAUUCUCCAAGUACAAGAGGCACAACCUCAGAUAAUUUCAAUGUUGGACAACAAAACACCCCCGAAAAGAACACAGCUACUGCUAGCAAUUCUGAUUCUAAGCCAAUAGUGAAUCCUAAUAGCGUUCCAACCAAGGGGCCUGGAAAUAUUAACAACUGGGACGACAUCUUCCCAAACAUGUUAGACAACAUGUAUUCUUCAGGUAUAAACAACCCUCAAGAUUUCGGAGACAAUGGAAAUUUAGGAAAUGUUAACUGGAACAACGACUGGGGCAAUGGAGAUUGGACUUGGGAUUAUGACCAUUACUUUAACUCUGAUUUUGCAUAUGAUAGCUGGGGAGAAGAUCUCGGACACAGUUGGAAGAACACUUGGUAAUCUUUAAUACAAGCAAAGGGAAUCAAAUUAGUUCAUGGUCAAAUUAGGCUGCGAGCUGAUAUUUUCUAUAUUA